AUGUGUAAAGUAAAAACCAUAAGAAAUAAUGUUACUCUUGCUUGUAAAAAUUGUCAAAAGGCUAAAAAAAAAUGUUCCGACGACUCACCUUGCGAAAGAUGUUUAACGAGGAGGUUAGAAUGCGAAUACGAUCAACCGGUAAAGAAACGUGGCCCUCGCCCAAUACACGUAAAUGAGUUAAAUGAUAAAAUUGGUAAAAAUGACUAUAUUGCCGAUCCUUAUUCCAAUGUUAUCAAAAAUAAAAACAUUUUUCUAACUAAGCCUUAUGAUAAUUCUGAAAUAUUUCUAACCAUUGAAGACGAUGACAAAAUUGUAUUUCAAGAGAUGACGGAAUUGCCGAUCUUUCAAGACAAUGCUAAAGAAAGAUUUCAAACUUUUGGAUUAGAUGACGAUAUUGCCGAUCCAUAUUCCAAUGUUAUCAAAAAUAAAGACAUAUAUAGAACUAUGCCUUAUUCAAGAAAUGAUGAUAUUACCGAUCUUUCAAGAAAAUAUUUUUUACAACCCAAUGCUGAAGAUCUUAAAGAAACAUCCAAAUUAGCCUUUUGA